AACUUGGUAAUAAACAUCCGAAUUUAAAAAAUUCUAAGUGAAAUCUUUUGAAAAUUCAAAAUUCCAAAAUGUUAGUUAGGACAGUAUUUUCAAUGGUACGAAACCAUAUUUGUCGACCAGUGACCCGAUCAUUCACGCGACCUGCCGACGGCCUCCACGGCCUCUCGCUCCAAGUCCACAAGGGGAAUGAGGAAACAGACGAGACCUUGGACUUCCUGGAAUCGACCUUCGCCAGGGAGGAACCCAUAGUGAACACCUUCCAGAUAGACGACACCUGUGAUCUUCAGCGCUACUUGAAACACCAGCUGAUCAACGGACACGUCGUCAAACUGGUUAACGAAGACUGUGAGAUCCUCUCAGCAGCUGUGUGCUGCUCCACUAGUCCCGGCAGCUCUGAUAAGACAAGGACAUUCGCAGAUUGCAACACGUGUUGCCCCAAGACCAAGCGUCUGCUUCACUUCUGGGCUGACAUGUCUGACAGCCACAACCUCUACGAGUGCUUCAAGGUCAAAGGUCUCUGGGAGAUAUCGUACCUGGCAACGUCAGCUACCGGGAGGAACAAAGGCUUGGGCAAAGUGAUCGUAUCAGAGAGCAAACUCCUCGGCAAGAAGGAAGGUUUCUCCAUCUGUCGGAUGGACUGCACCAACCACUUCACCGCCAAGUUGGCGGAGAGUCUCAGCUUUGUCACACUUCCUCCGCGGAGUUGUCUCACCUUCCGGGACAAGAAGGGGUGUCCGUGGCUGCCGAGACAACCGCCGCAUCCACACGGCAACAUCGUCGUCUCUUACGACUUCCUUACAUGAUU